AUGGCUGUAGAAGCAAAGUCUACCACAGGAGACCGUGUUCUUGUCUUGUUGGACUCUUUAGCCGAAAAAGAAACCUAUUCACAGUUCUGGCAGCAACUCGAAGACCGUGAGUUCCAACUCUCUUUUAAGGCUGCUGACGACCAAACCACCACACUUGCUUAUUUUGGAGAGACUCUCUUUCACCAUAUUAUUCACUUUGCACCAAAGACGACAAGCCUUGCAAAGCACCCUUUUAUCAAUAAUGUUCACCUUGUCAACUUUGUCAAUAAAGGUGGUAAUAUUCUUGCAGCCACUGGCAUUGAUCCUAGUGACACGAUGCGAGCAUUGGCUGCUGAAUUCGACAUUGAAUUAGAUACCGAAACUGUCUUUGAUCAUAAGCAUUACCAUAAGGAACAUAACAAGAUUACUACAUCCAAGUUGAUUGGCCCAGCUACUAUUGUUGAUCCUGAACAAGUCAAAACACCUAUUCUUUAUUCAGGCACAGGAUUGAAUGUUGGUCAACUCCCUCUUUCCAGUGCUGUUUUGGCUGCUGAAAACGAUGCUUUUAUGGCUGAUGCUUAUAAUGAACGUGCUAGUCCUAUGGAUCAAGUGGGUUUGGUUGGUGCACUUCAGUCUCGCAACUCUGCCCGUGUUACCUUUGUAGGUUCUCUUGAUCUGUUCUCCAAUGAUUUCAUGAACAUCGCUGUGGGUGAUUCUGACAAGUCUGGAAACGAAGCAUUUGUAUCUCAAUUAAGCAAAUGGACUUUCCAAGAAAAGAGUGUCUUGAAAGUCAUUGGCCAUUCUCAUCAUAAACAAAACGAAACUGAGCAACUUGACUGGUAUCGUGUUAAGGAUGAUAUUGUGUAUCGUGUUGAUAUUGCUGAAUACAAAGAUGAUGAAUGGGUGUCUUUCAAGGCUGAUGAUGUUCAACUUGAAAUCAUCAUGUUGGAUCCUUACAUUCGUACUACUCUGAAGCAAGUCCCUACCACUACAUCAUUUGGACGAUUUGAAGCCCAUGUUCGUCUUCCUGAUGUCUAUGGUGUCUUUACUCUCAAAGUGAAUUAUAAGCGUGCAGGUCUUAGCUAUGUCUUGGCAGAAGAUCAAGUGUCCAUUCGACCUUUUAGACAUAAUGAAUAUCCUCGCUUCUUGACUGCUGCUUAUCCUUACUAUGCUUCUACUGGUUCCAUGAUUGUUGGUUUUCUUGUCUUUAGUGCUGUUUGGUUAUCCACCUGGGGUGGCAAUCACGCCAACGAAACUCAAAAACCAAAGACAAAGACAAACUAA